ACCAAGAAUCAUUAUUCCCUCGUUUAUUCAGAUCAUAACAAUUAUCACAACUGGAAAACAAAUAUCUGUUACAGGCCAACGCUUCACAACAAGAAACAAGGAGAGGUUCUUGUUCCUCUGCUCAAACACAACCAGCUCAACCCUCUCUCUGCUCAUUACCCUCUUCCUCAGCCUGCUGCUCUGCUGUUGGAGUUCAUCGAAAUUCAGUCCCAAGGAGGGGGAAAAGACUGUUUCUGUUGAGCCCUACUGAUCUCAUUUCGCCCACUGUGGAAGAACUAUAUCGUAUCAAGCAACCCAAAGGGCUUCAACCGCCAAUGGUUAUUGAGGGUGCUGGGUAAGAAGCCAUAUGAUGGCCACCACUGCAGUCAUUGGACUCACUGCAGGAAACAGACUCUUGCCUUCUUCUUUCCAUUACUGUUCGGAUCCUCCCGAGAAGCUCUUCUGUAGCAGCAGCUCCUCCUCCGAACAUGGAUCAUCCCACUCUCAAUUCACUUCAUCGAGAAGCAUUGUAGUUGCCAAGAAGUCAUCAUCGUCACAUUAUGGCCCUGGCUACCAGGGUUCCAAUAGGACCACGCAUUCCAUUAAGGCCCUGAAAGACCAUGUUGACACUGUAACUGCUGCAACCACAUUGCCCGAAACUACUUUCAAGGAUUUGGAAGAAGAAGAAGAUGAAGAAGAAAGUUGUGAUGUUCUUGGCUACUCGGUAGAGGCGCUUCUUCUGUUACAAAGGUCUAUGCUGGAGAAGCAAUGGAGUCUCUCAUUUGAGGAGAGGCCGGAUUCAUCAUCUGCUGUUGGUAAGAAGAAAGGAAAGAAGAAGAAGAAGGUUCCAGUAGUUACCUGUUCUGGGGUCUCUGCACGGCAAAGGAGAAUCAACACUAAAAGAAAAACUGUAGGCCAGAGUAGUAUUAUCCCUGAGCUGGUGCACAAUCGCUUGACUGGUUAUGUGAAGGGUGUGCUGAGUGAAGAACUGCUCACUCAUGCAGAAGUUGUGCGCCUGUCCAGGGUUAUUAAAGCUGGUCUCUCCUUGGAGGAACGUAAAUCCAGGCUGAGAGAAAGACUGGGAUGUGAUCCCUCGGAUGAACAACUGGCGGAUUCCUUGAAGAUAUCUCGUGCUGAACUGCAUUCCAAACAGAUGGCUUGUUCAUUGGCAAGAGAGAAGCUGGCAAUGAGCAAUGUUCGCUUGGUUAUGUCGAUAGCGCAAAAGUAUGACAACAUGGGUGCCGAACUGGCUGACCUUGUUCAGGGAGGUCUGAUUGGACUGUUGCGUGGCAUAGAGAAGUUUGAUUCUUCCAAGGGUUUUAAGAUUUCUACCUAUGUUUAUUGGUGGAUUCGUCAGGGUGUCUCCAAAGCUUUAGUUGAGAAUUCAAGAACCUUAAGGCUACCUAAUCAUCUGCAUGAGAGGCUAGGCCUCAUAAGGAAUGCAAAGAUCAGACUCGAAGAGAAAGGAAUAACACCAUCCAUUGAUAGAAUUGCAGAGUCACUGAAUAUGUCAGAGAAGAAAGUUAGAAAUGCCACAGAGGCGGUUAACAAGGUCAUCUCGAUGGAUCGGGAUGCUUUCCCUUCCUUGAAUGGCCUUCCUGGAGAAUCCCACCAUAGUUACAUUGCAGAUAAUCACUUGGAGAACAACCCCUGGCAUGGUGUAGACGAAUUGGCACUCAAGGAUGAAGUGAACAAGCUAAUCGAUUUGAGUCUUCAAGAACGAGAACGAGAGAUCAUACGCCUUUACUAUGGCCUCGACACAAAAUGCUUUACGUGGGAGGACAUCAGCAAACGCAUUGGGUUGUCGAGGGAAAGAGUGAGGCAAGUUGGGCUGGUUGCAUUGGAGAAGCUAAAACUUGCAGCGAGGAAAAGGAAAAUGGAAGCCAUGCUACUCAAGCAUUAAUUGAGUAUAAGAAGAAAAAAGAACACAACUUUACUGUGUAGUGUAUAUAAACAGGAAAAGGGAAGGAAAUCUGUAUCAAAAUUCUCUUGAAAGUUUCUCCUUUUCUCUUUUGUUUUUGUUUUUUUAAUCAAGAGUGAGUAUCUUGAUUGGAAACUCCAAGGAAAACCCAAUUUGUAGAGAGUUUGAUCAUCAUCAACACACGCCUACUGACUAAGAGCUUUUGUAAGAAUAUGAGAAACAAAAAAGGUUUUUUCGUUGCAAAUCUGUGGCCAUGAAGUUACGUUAUUAUAUUUAAAAGUUAGAAUACAGAAAUUUUGAGAUACAAUGGGAGGAGAUAGGGUGCUAAUACCAUUAAGUGUUAGCAACAUGUUUGGGGUGGGCAACGGGACGGGAUGGGAUACUCGUCCCGUUUGAAAUGGAAAUCCAGACUCAUUUGAAGAGCAAUCUCCAUCUCACAUCUCAAACUCGUACAGGUCAACGGGUACUCAUUACCCGUACGGAAUGAAUAACGGGUAUCCAUACUACUUGUAUAUACUCGUCCAAU